AUGUGGAUGGGCAAGAUCGGCAACAAAUCUGCUGCUUUCAUCAAGCACAAACACUUUCAUCCAGGCACUUAUCAGAAUAUGGAAAAGGUCUGGCUUGCUGAGGAGAAGCAGAAGGCGGAACUGAAGCGGCAGAAGGAGCUGAAGGAGAAGCGCGAGGAGGAGCUGAAGACUCUGGAGAUUAAGCGUCAGAUUCGGGAGCAGGAGGAGCUGAAGCGCAUGGAGAUGAUUCUCGAGGAGAAGAAGAAGCGGUACAAGGUCGACCACCGGCUCGUCGAGGACGGCCAGUCCGGCCUCAUCCUGACGCAGCCCUCGGACUCCGCCGCGGGCUCUCUUACCAAGUCGCCCUCCAAGGACGACAGGAAACUCGUGAUUCGAUCGCAAUACCGCGAGGAUGUGUUCCGCAACGGCCACACCUCCGUCUUCGGCAGCUACUACGACCGCGAAACUAAGCUUUGGGGCUACAAGUGCUGCAAGUUGACCAGCAAGGACGCUCGGUGCUCCAGCGUAAAGCUAAAAUACAAGCGCAGGACGAGCACUGAGUCCGAGGAGUCUUCCGCUCGCCUCUCCAAGAGGCCCAGGCCCUCUUCUCUCGGCCUCAGUGACUCUCUCAAGCUUCUCAAGAGCAUGGACGCUCUCGAGUGA